AUGGGCAGAGCGCUAAUGGUGGGCAGAGGAGCGCCGGGAGCCGCCGGGGUUCUCCUCCUGUCCGCGCUCAUCAUCCUCACCACGGACGGCGGCCGGGCGCAGAAAGGUGAUGGCUGUGGCCCCAGCGUACUUGGCCCCAGCAGCGGGACUCUGUCCUCUCUGGGCUACCCGGGGACAUACCCAAACGACUCGGUGUGCGAGUGGGAGAUCAGUGUGCCUCAUGGCAGCAGGAUCCACUUUCGCUUUGCUGAUCUCGACAUAGAAGACAGCAACUGCCAAGUCAACUACCUCCGCCUUUACAACGGCAUCGGAUCCCAGAGGAGCGAGAUCGUGAAGUACUGCGGUUUGGACCAGCAGGUUCAACAGCUCAUCAACUCUACCAGCAACCAAGUCACUGUCCAGUUCAUGAGUGGGACUCACCGCCGUGGACGUGGGUUCUACAUGUCCUACUCCACCACAGAGCACACAGAUCUAAUCACCUGCCUUGACAAAGGAACUGAUUUCACCGAGGCGGAGUUGAGUAAAUAUUGUCCGGCGGGCUGCUUGACAUCUUCAGAGGAGAUUUCUGGAACCAUUCCCAACGGCUACAGAGAUUCGUCUCCUCUGUGUCUGGCGGCCAUUCAUGCAGGUGUGGUGUCCAACGCCGAAGGAGGGCAAAUCAGUGUGGUCAGCAGCAAAGGUAUCCCUCACUAUGAGGGCACGCUGGCUAACAACGUCACGUCGACCGCUGGAACUUUAUCAAACAGCCUCUUCACCUUCAAGACCAGCGGCUGCUACGGAACUCUGGGAUUAGAGUCUGGCGGCGUUGCAGACGCUCAGCUCAUGGCUUCGUCUGUGUGGGACUGGAACGUUGUCGGAGAGCGCGGUGUGUGGGGGCCAUCAGGGGCCCGUCUGAAAAGGUCGGGGCUGCCGUGGGCACCGUCCCACAGCGACGUGCAGCAAUGGCUGCAGGUUGAUCUCAAGAGGGAGAAGACAAUCACAGGCAUCAUCACCACAGGCUCCACCCUGCGAGAGUACCAGUUCUACGUCUCGGCUUACCGGCUCUUACUCAGUAGCGAUGGGCGGGACUGGUCCUCUUACCAGGAAGCAGAUUCUGCACAAGAUAAAAUUUUCCAAGGUAACGCCAACUACCUGCAAGAGGUGCGGAACAACUUCAUUCCACCCAUCAAGGCUCGCUUUGUGCGGAUUAGUCCCACCAGGUGGCACCAGAGGAUUGCUCUCAAGUUUGAGUUGCUCGGCUGCCAGAUUCAUACAGUGAGGCCGAGGAUGCACGGCCCCCCUCAGCCUCCCCCUCCUCCCAUGGUUACGUACCGCCCACCUCAGUCUGGCCGAACCACUCACGCGCCGGACAUCAGGAACACCACGAUGCCUCCGCACACCAGCAAAGGUGUGGCACUCGCAGCGGUCCUGGUACCGGUGUUGGUCAUGGUUCUGACCGCUCUCAUCCUGACUGUGGUUUGUGCUUGGCGCUGGAGGAACCGGAAGAAGAGCUCUGAUGGCGCGUAUGACCUUCCUCACUGGGAUCGCACAGACUGGUGGAAAAGCAUGAAGCAGCUGCUGCCCUCAAAGAUGCUCGAGACCGAGGGCUCAGUGCGCUACAGCAGCAGUGAGGUGGGCCGGCUCACGGGGAGGGGUGCUGUACCCACGCUGCACGCUGAAUCUGCAGAAUACGCUCAGCCUCUGGUGAGUGGUGUGACGACAUUGGGACCACGGUCAACCUUUAAACCGGAUGAAGGUUCUGACCCGGGUUACACAGACCCUGACUUGUACGACGCCCCCAUCUCACCGGACGUAUACCAUGCCUAUGCAGAGCCGCUGCCGGCGUCGGGAUCAGAGUACGCCACGCCCAUUGUGGUGGAGAUGGGUUGCCAGCCCAGUACAGGGUGUGGUUUCACGACAACCCUACUCACACAGACGGACUCCCAGUCAGGGAGGUCGGCGUAUGACACGCCCAAGAAUGCCACAGGACAGGUGACGGUCACUGAGGACUCAACCUAUCAGGUACCUCAAAGUAAGACUCAGAAGCCACAGAGCUGAGGAGCAGCGAGAUGAACGAGGUGUUAAAUAUCCCAAAAAACCCGAUGGGCACAGAGAGAUGAUGGGAGUAGGCGGAGCCGCUGAGCCUGGGUUGAGCCUUGAACGAACACUACUUUAGCUUUAGUCACACCUGGAGACGUCUGUACGUUUAAAAUGUUCCUGCAUGACCUCACUGUGCUCGCGCGUUGCCUUUACAGUCCUACCACUGAAACCACACAGAUGAAUGUGCACGUGUCACGCGUGGCUGUUGGAGACGAAUGGAUGAAAAGGAGCGCUGACUACUGUUAAAGACUUUGUCCCUGUUCUGUGAUUGGUCCUUAUUUUAUAAUUGUGAAAACUGUGAUUUGCAUUUAUUCUGUUACACACCGAACAAAGUUCAGCCUGAAUGUACGUGAUGUUUAUUAUUAUGUAUUCAUCAGAUUUUAGGGUUGUUACAGAGUUGGUGGCGUCCAAACAGCCGCGGUUAGCGUAGUCUGCCUGGACGACGACAUGUGACGUUAAGUAGCCCAGAAUCCUGACUCGCGUUCCACGGUACGUUUUUGUCUUAUUUUGUUUGAAAGCAUGACUUGAAAUUGUGUAUAGUCUUAGUAAUUCAUUACUGCAAUGCUUUUGAUCUUUUCAGAUUGACUGGUAUUUAUUUUCUUUCACAUCCUGCUGAUAAGAAACUCUUACAAAAAUAAAUAAAAUAGAGCUAGCUUGCCCGAGGAAUGCGCCGAUCAGACUCAACUGCAGUACUGAAGAAGUAACAACUCAGGGUAAAAAAACAAACGUCUGCGGAAAUUAGCAUGCUGCUACAUCAGAUCUCUAAACUACAAGCCAAAAUGUUACCAUGACAACAUUGUUAUUCGACCUGUUAAGAUUUUACUUCCACAGUGGUUCUCAAUCCUGUUUCUCAUUCCUGGUUGCACACAAUGCAAAGGUGGAAAACUUAAUCCAGAUCUGUAUCUGAAUUCUGUUGCUGUGCCAGACAGUGCACAAACCCAUUAUACAUAUCCAGAAGUAUUACUACAAUUUCCAUACUUUUAAUGCAUUUCCAGAGACUGUGUUGCACAUUUUAGGGAAAUUAAACCAUGACCGUUAUCCUCAUUUUAUCCCAAAACCAUUUAAGGGAAAGUAGUUUGCAAGAUUGCGGCGAUGUAUUAGAUACAUAAAUUUGGAGCCUUCUCCCAAAUCCAGAAACAAACAGCGCCCUUUUGGAACUGGAGUCAGUUUUUGGAGUGCAAAAUCUUCGGGGUUUGUCCAUCUUCACAUACAGUGUGGAACAAAUGUUUUCCAUCUAAUGCUUCCUUAACCAUGUUUGAUUAGCUAACUGGUGACUGUCUGUACUUGACUAGUUGAUCACAACCAGCUGUGGGCAGUGCUGGGACAGAUGGGACUUCCAGAGAUUAAAUUUAUCCCAUAAUCAUCAGGUUAGUUAUGGAGCCGUGGGAUACUGAUGAGUUGUCUAAAAUUUUUUUCACAAAUUGUAGUUAGCGUUAGCAUAUGUACUCAUACUAACGGUGGUUGGUGCUAACGGCAUCAAUCAUUAACCAGUUGCGUUAACCACAGUCAACACGAUCACAUACGCUAACGUCACUUGUCCAGGAUUAUAAAUGUCAGCGGUUAGUAGAUGCGCAUAGAUCAGUCUUGAAUCAAUACACUCUGGCUCAUACCGAUGACGCAACACGAGUUCAGCUUCGGUGCAUCCCGACUCCUCGCUACCCUCAAAUCAAACGCUGUGGUGCCGCUGUCGUCAUGGUUACUGUUACAUGUUAUGGUUACCAUGUGACUGUUGUUUGUAUUUUCUUUGUAUAAUGAGGCGAAUUAUGAGGUUCAGGCUAGCCAAUGGCCAAAAUUCUAAUUAUUUUCUAUUUUUAAAUUGUGGAAGACCAAAUGUCUCGUGUUUCUACAGUGUUAGAUCAUAAGGGAUCAAAUUUAUGUUAGCUGUAGAAAGCUAGCCGUGUAAACACGAAAAUUUGUCUUAAAAUAGAGAGAGUGAAAAAAAAAAACUUAAAAGGGUACAGGAAAACAGACAGUUGGAUGAGUGAUUAGCCAAGAUGAAUUUUUUUUUUUUUUUUGAUUGCGUGAAAAAUGGGUGUUUGGUCUGUUUAAGUACUUUUGGGUGAAUCGAUGUUCCGCUGUACGUAUCGUUCAGUACUGUGAGCUGAAUUUCUGAGUUGGUUGUCACUUCGAUUCACCGCCUGCAGCACGAGUGAGUGCUGACACCUGUGGUUCCGACCCAACCAGAUAUCUGGUGGCAUUAGUGCAGAUGGGGUGGGGGAGGGGGGACCCCUCCAACCUAUUAAGUUGACCUCCAGCUGGGUGGUUCGGACCACAAAUUAUACUUUGAAUAUGCUCACAACUGAAGCUUUGGUGCUUUUGGUCACGUCUGUUUGCUGGAUGCGACUCACUGACUACAGAAAUAAAGAGUUUCUUUCUUAAAAA